AACCGGUGGUGCUGCGGCUUCCACAUUGCUUGUUUUUCUUCUGAUAUGGCAGACAACCUUCAACAAGUAGAUACUGGUCGCUCUUCAACCAUUUCGUUCGAGGCAGUCAUGAAUUCGGCAAACUACGAGAAAAGCCCAGCAUCAAACUACCACAUUGAUGUUGAUGUCGAUCUUGUGGAGCGAGGUGUCUCCAGCACAUCUGGCCCAUUCGUUUGCCGGUUUGACUCCUCAAAGAAGACGGGCAAGAUACUCAUGCUGGUGUUCGACAGGCGUGGCAACUCGACAUUCAAAGAAAUGAAUCGACUGGACGCCCUGCGCAUCGCACAACAAGCUGCGGAACCUCAGACGGUGAAAGGAGUGAGGUCAGCACCAAAAUGCGAUGUUCAGCCUGUGCAUGCUCGAGACAUUCGCAGAAUGGUGAAUGCGUUCUCAUCAACGAACGAGCCGUCCAUUGAAAUUCGAAAGCAGGCGAUAUUUUUCAGUGCUGACCCUCUGCGCGCUAUUGUGCUGAGAGAUACGUGCCUUGUGUACGUUCCUGAUGGAGCAGACAGCAUGCUAUCCAUGCUCAAGCACUAUUUUGUGGUGAAUACUCGGGAUGACGAUGGUUCACCGUAUGAAUUCAGAGCGCUGGAAGCACUACUAGCCACACUUGCAAGAUACUUUCGAGCCCACUUCGACUCGGAGGAAGCUGAAGUGCUGAUCGAAAAUUACCUGCAAGAUAUUUUCUCCACUCGCACGACGGCCGAGCUGCUGCAACAUUGGAUCACCAACACGGAGAGUCUCGUGACACUCAAAUUCGACUCGAAGCGGAACUAUCUACUGAAAGCGCAGCUCAUCUUCUCACUCCUGUCUGUCAACAUAGCGGUGGGUACCUUGGUCUCGGGUAUGUUUGGUAUGAACUUGGCUUCAGGCGUGGAUACCGCCGAUUACUGGUUUUGGAGUGUCGUCGUCGCCAUUGUCGCCUUCUUCGUCAUCUCAAUGGGAGGAGGCGUACUGUUUUUCAAGCACAAAGGAGUCAUGCUAAUGUGA